CUUACACUUGGAUGGGCCUUUCACGACCCGCGCAGCGUGGUUCGUUCAAUGGAGGAAGUGAGGCGGCUCCACGCGCGCUUGCUCCGCCGCGGGGAGCGCCGCCUGCAGCCGCUCCUCCUCCGCGUCCUCGCCGCCGGCGAUCUCCGCUACGCCGCGCUCCUCCUCGCCACCUCGCCCCCCUCCGCCACGCUCCACGACCGCCUCCUCCAGGCGCUCGCCGCCUCGCGCAGCCCGCUCCUCCUCCGCGCCUUCUCCCGCGCCCACCGCCUCCGCCUCCUCACCCCUCUCUCCUUCACCUUCCUCCUCUCCGCCGCACCCCCCUCCUCCGCGCCCUUCGCGCUCUCCGCCCACGCCCUGCUGCUCAAGUCCGGCCACCUCGCGCCCGGCGACCCCUUCCUCGGCUCCGCGCUCGUCUCCUUCUACGCCAGGAACCGCCUCCUGCGCGACGCCAGGCGGGUGUUCGACGAAAUGCCGCGCGGGGACACCGCCGUGUGCAACGCGCUGCUCUCGGCCUACGCCAGGGCCGGCCUCCUCGACGCCGCUGAGAAGCUGUUCGGGGAAAUGCCGGACCGGAACGUGGUCUCGUGGACCGCCAUGGUGUCCGGGUACGCGCAGAACGGGCGGCACGAGGAGGCGGUGGGGGCGUUCCUGGAGAUGUGGGAGGGGGCAGGGGUGCAGCCGAAUGAGCUGACGGUGAGCAGCGUGCUGCCCGCGUGCGCCGCUGUUGGCGCCAUGGAGCUGGGGAGGAAGGUGGAGGAGUACGCGAGGGGCAAAGGCCACCUGGUGAAUGUGUAUGUGGCCAAUGCACUGCUGGAGAUGUACGCCAAGUGUGGCAGCAUCCAGAGAGCUUGGCAGGUGUUUCAGGGGAUCGGUCGUCGGCGAGAUCUCUGUUCUUGGAACUCAAUGAUCAUGGCAUUUGCCUUGCAUGGCUCGUGGAGGGAAGCACUUGCCUUGUUCCAUAAGUUGAGGAUGACAGGGGUCAAACCAGAUGGUAUCACAUUUGUUGGAGUCAUUUUGGCUUGCACUCAUGGAGGUUUGGUGGAUGAAGGAAGGCUACUCUUCAACUCCAUGGAGGCUGAAUUUAGUCUUACUCCAAGAAUCGAGCACUAUGGUUGCAUGGUUGAUCUGCUAGGGCGUGCCGGUCUCCUGAAUGAAGCCUACAGUAUGAUAGUAAGCAUGCCAGUGGAGCCUGACGCCGUUAUCUGGGGAGCAUUGCUCGGUGCCUGCAGCUUCCAUGGAAACGUGGAACUAGCGGAAACAGCAGUAAACAAACUCAUCUUUCUCGAGCCACAAAACACAGGAAAUCUGGUGAUCCUGUCAAACAUAUACGCAUCGUCUGGAAAAUGGGAUGGUGUUGCCCAGGUAUGGAAAUUACUCAAGGAGAAAGACCACAAGAAAUCAGCUGGGUACAGCUUCAUAGAGCUAGAUGGCAGGAUGCACAAGUUCCUUGUUGAGGAUAAGUCGCAUCCAAGAUUUGUGGAGGUGUACAGCACCCUUGACAGUGUCACAAUGCUCAUGAAGCUUGUCAGACUAGAAAAUGAGGAAGAUGCAGAACAGCUGUUUCUGUCACCUGUAGAUAUCUAAAUUCCUAGAGAUGUGAAGAGACUGUGAUCAUAAAAGUGAUCUGGGAUUGCCCAUGAACUUCUCUGCUCUGAUCUUCCAAGUCAAAUUGAUGUGGAAAGCGGUUCUUCAAAAAGGUGGCAACAGAAGGAAUGCCAAAUCAAGCGAGUGUGUAGCACUACCUGGGCAUCGAUUCUUCUCUUCUUGCUGCUAUAAAUCAAAAUGGUCGUUCAUGCUGUGCUUGCUAUUAAGAUGCACAGACCACCGAGACUUGCAGACGAAGCAUAUAAUUUCAAGAUACAUCCCAACAAGGUAUGUUUAUUCUUGAAUAAUGAAAUCCACAUACGUGAACUGAAAUGAUAAGUAAAUGAGCAAAGAGUACAGAAACAUAGAUAAGUAAAUGAGUUGUGUUGAGGAUAUAUAAUUUGGUUGAGUCUGUGUGCUUCAUUGCUGCCACACUAUGUAUUGCCUUGAGCAGAGGCGGAGCCAACCCUCUUUUCCCUGUUGGAGCUUUGGCAUUUGGCAAGUUAUAGCUGCAACCUGCGGCGACGCCGAGGUGAAUUUUCCCAAAAGAAGAUCAUUGCCGGUUGCUCAGAAGGCGCUGCUGCGUAGAGGUUGACCUGCGGAGCCCGGACCUCACGGGGUCACCGGCUGUAGCGCCACCAGUGAUCUUGAGAACCAGACUAUAGUCACAACAAGGUGCAUCUCGUUUCAUGAAUGAGGCCAUGCCUGUAAUAACAUCGUCCCUCCUGAUGUGUUCGAUUGCAGUUUAUUACUAUACUCAAUUUGAUUUAUUAUUGAGCUGGUAAAAUUAGUAGCA